GUUGGAUGCGCGUCCCCGUGAAGUAGCCUCCACAAGCACAGCACGGCGCGGUCUUGUAACUUCUGACCAACUUCUUCGGCAACGGGGAAGUUUUGGAGAGCAAAUCCCGGACGCUGAAAAAAGUCUCAAAGUUAUUAAGAAAGAAAACAUUUCCAAAGGCAGGCCCCAAGUAUGGAAGACUUAGACGCGCUGCUGGCGGACCUGGAGUCGACGACGUCCCACAUCUCCAAGCGGCCCGUGUUCCUGCCGGACGAGACGCCCUACUCCAUCCCCACCGGGGGGAACUCCUUCCAGGAAGAUGUGUCUCUCCCGCCCCCGGUGCCCCCCCCUCCCUCAGCCGAGGCCCUGAACGGCUCUGUGAUCGACCCCCCGGGGUCCCUGCACUCCUCCCAGCAGUCGUUGGGCUCAGCCCAGAAGAGCUCGUGGUCCCAGGACAGCAACAGCCCCACCCUGUCUCACAUAGAGGAGGAUCACGUCUACAGCUUCCCAAACAAACAGAAGUCGUCCGACUCCUCCGCCUCCGCCAUGAACUCGGCCUUGGGCAGCAACCUGUCAGAGCUGGACAGACUGCUUCUGGAGCUCAACGCUGUCCAGCAGAACUCGCCCUCCUUCCCCACCACAGAGGAGGCCGCCCCGCCCCUGCCCUCCUGCAGCAUCACCCACUACGAGAACGGGGUGGGCCCCUCCUCUCAGGACAAGCCCAAGAGGAACGGCACCCGGGGGGGCGAGGAGGGCCGCCCUACCGUGGAGAGCCUGCUGGAUGAGCUGGAGGGCUCUGUUCCCACCACCAGCCCCAGCCCCUCGGUGCUCCACAGUGAGCUGGACACGCCCUCCCAGCAGCAGGCCAGAAUCUCAGCCUCCUGUGCCACCCGCGAGCUGGAUGAGCUCAUGGCCUCCCUGUCUGACUUUAAGCCUAGCUCUCUGGGCUCUGUGAACUCUGACGCCCACCUUGAUCAGGCGGGAGUCUCCCCCACCCCUCUGGGCGUCCGUCCUCCAGGUCCCGCCUCCUCCCCCUCCCCAGCCGUCCCCUCCCCCCUCCUCCCCCCCCGGCCCUUCUGCGACUCCCCCGUGUUCUCGCACCCGCCGUCUCUGGAGCUCCACAUCGAGGAGGAGGGCGGGGCGGAGGGCGGGGCCACGCCCCGCGCGGCCCCGCCCCCGCGGAGCCCCCCCUCCCCCCUCUCGACGGCAAGCGAUCUCGAGGCGGACGCCGUCGCCAACGUGUCGCCCGUCAUGCUGUCCUAUCAGCACAGGUCCCUGGUGGUCCUCUCCCACGCCUCCAGCCCAUCCCCCCCCCGUACGAGCCCCCUGAGACCAGGGCCCAGUCCCGUCCACAGCCCUAAACCCUCGCCCAGUCCCAUCAGCCCCCCCUGCAAGCCCCCCAGUCCCUCCCUCGAACUCUUCUCAGUGACGGUAGAAGAGCUCUCCUGUGAACUCGAACCCACGGCCAACGGCCUCAGCCUCCUGCGGGAUCUCGAUCUCAACUUCUCCAGCCCGGCUCCCUUCAAGAGCUUCACUCCCCCCCUCGCCCACGCCCCCAAGUCCCCCUCCCCUGCCAGCAUCACCAAGUCCCCCUCUCCCACCGUCGCAGCUCCCAAGCAGCCCUCGCCGUCUCCAGCCACGUCCAAAGCCCCCUCCACCCCGGUAUUCACCAGGAAGGAGCCUAACCCCCCAGCCCAGGGAAGCAGCCCCCUGGCUGGGCACGUGUCCCCGGCGACGGACCCCUCCCUGGAUGAAGCCCUGGACAAGCUGCUGGCCAUGAGCUUCAGUAAGAUGGAGAACGACCGAGCGGCCCAACUGGAGAGGGAGGUCCCUCAGCUGAAGAGGGAGACCCUGGGCCUGAACAGACACGCCGUGCGGGAGGUCCACGAGGAGGCGGUGGUGCCCGCCGACCGGAGGGACGUCCAGCCGGACACCAGCACCCAGGACGGCUCGGUGGACGGCUGCAUGGACGGCCAGCGGGACGUGCUGGACUGGGCCGACGUGGAGCUCAACAUGUCCCUCCACGACGGCAUGGACGGCUCCAUGACCUCGUACACGGAGAGGCCGUACACGGACGGCAGCAUGACCCCCCUGACCGAGGCCAGCUGGAUGGACGAGUCGCUGACCCCGUCCUCCUGCCCCGGGACGCCUGACGCCGCCUUUGACCUGCCCCUGCUCCAGCCCGCCACCCUGGACAGGAUGUCUGCCUCGGGACAUCUCAAGUCAGUCAUCAGACGCACUAAGGAGACCCCGAAUGUGCACCCCAUGUACCGUGACGGGCUCCUGCGCAGGAAGAUGGGGCCCAUCAUCGUCAACAAGAGCAGCUCCCAGGACCGCCUCAUAGAGGAGCUCCAGGGGAAGCUGGGGAUCGGCCGCGCCGAGCGCCGCCGCAAGCAGCCCGACGACUGGCUCACCGAGGGCGUCAUCGUCAUGUCCAAGCCCCAGCGCUUCCGCCCCGAGGGGGCGGGGGUCGAGGUGGACAAGAUCAUCAUCCCCCCAGAGUCCCCCGUCCCUCAGAGGAAGAUCAUCCUCCCUCCUCCGUCCCCCCCCGCCCCCCGCCGCCCGCCCCCCGUAGAGGAACGCACCCCCCCGCCGCCUGUCAAACUGGCCCCUCUCCCCGUGCCCCCGCCUCCUCCUCCUCCUCCUCCUCCCCCCACGCCCCCUCCACAACCCCCCCAGGAGCCCAUCCCUGCCCCUCCCCAGCAGCCAAAGCCCCCGCCUGUCCCCGUGCAAAGGCCCCCCUCCCCUAAACCGGAGCCCCCUCGGCCCGUCCCCCAAGCCCCGGCCCCCCAGCCUCCACCCGUGGAGCUGCCACCUCCCCCGCCCCCCAAAGUUCUGGUGUCGGUCGGCUGUCAAACAGAAUACGACCCCAUCUUCCCUCCGAUGCAGAUCAUGGCUCAGGGGAAGGGCGGGGCCCCCGGAGGUCCUCCGACGCAGGUUAACAAGCUGGACAACAUGCUGGGCAGCCUGCAGUCUGACCUCCACAAACUGGGCGUGCAGACCGUGGCCAAGGGCGUGUGUGGGGCCUGCUGUAAACCCAUAGUGGGACAGGUGGUCACUGCCAUGGGGCGUACAUGGCACCCCGAGCAUUUUGUGUGCACACACUGUCAGGAGGAGAUAGGCUCCAGGAACUUCUUUGAGCGGGAUGGCCAGCCCUACUGUGAGAAGGACUACCACAACCUGUUCUCCCCGCGCUGCUACUACUGCAACGGACCCAUACUGGAUAAAGUUGUGACGGCGUUGGACCGGACAUGGCACCCAGAGCACUUCUUCUGUGCUCAGUGCGGAUCGUUCUUCGGCCCGGAGGGCUUCCACGAGAAGGACGGCAAGGCGUACUGCAGGAAGGACUACUUUGACAUGUUUGCGCCCAAGUGCGGCGGCUGCGCCCGCGCCAUCCUGGAGAACUACAUCUCCGCCCUCAACUCCCUCUGGCACCCCGAGUGCUUCGUCUGCAGGGAGUGCUUCACCCCCUUCGUGAACGGCAGUUUCUUUGAGCACGACGGCCAGCCUUACUGCGAGGUGCACUACCACGAGCGCCGCGGCUCGCUCUGCUCCGGGUGCCAGAAGCCCAUCACCGGCCGCUGCAUCACCGCCAUGGCCAAGAAGUUCCACCCGGAGCACUUUGUCUGUGCCUUCUGCCUCAAGCAGCUCAACAAGGGCACCUUCAAGGAGCAGAACGACAAGCCCUACUGCCAGGGCUGCUUUGUCAAGCUUUUCAGUUAGAGGGGGAGGAUGACAGAGAGAGAACGAGAGAGAGAGAGAAAGAAAGAGAGAAAGAAAGUAUACGCCUGUAUGUAUUCAAGUGAGUUUGGGAAAAGGGGGUAACACCGAAUGUUUCUCAGAAAGGUUGUAUUUGAGGGAUGUCUGCGUACAGAUGUCUAACUAUGGAAUAAUGUAUUGCUCAAGUAUGUAGGUGUCAGUAUAUGUAGUUUAGGUAUAAUGUGCUGGAGAUUCCAACAGUCUCCCGAUAGCGCCUGGAGUGUAAUGGAUCUAGUCACGCUCAGGCUUGCCUCUGCUCUCUUCUGAUGCUCAAACAGCGUGGUUUUCUUCAAGCCCUAACAGUUAACCUGAAAUAGUUAGGGUACGUGCUUGCUGACGUGAACACUGUACGAACACAUUGAAACACAUGACAAGUGUUUGAGGUAUGUUGCUCACUGGUUGAGUGUUUUUGUUUGAAACCAUUAAAAAUGUGUCAAUAUAUUAUAGCAGGAAGCAGGCAUUAAGCAGUU